AUGUCUGAUUGUAUGCNCGGAAAAUUAUGCCGUGAGAGGACCAAUAAGUACAUGACAAAAAGUAGACAGAUUCAGGUUAUUGACAACGAUAAUGCGAGACAUAUGAGGCCUAUGCCUGGAUUUUUUGCUACUAAGGCUUCUGGAUCUGCAGAUAAGAAGAAGGUACCAAGUAAGGGAUUAGAAAUGAAAAGAACAAGGAGGGACCGCGAUGAAAUGGAAGAAAUCAUGUUUAAACUCUUUGAGAGGCAACCAAAUUGGACACUGAAACAGCUGGUCCAUGAGACGGACCAGCCUGAGCAAUUUAUGAAAGACAUGCUCAAACUUCUCUGCAUCUACAAUAAUAAGGGCGCUCAUCAAGGCACUUACGAGCUGAAGCCUGAGUACAAGAGGUCAGAAGACAAGCCUGAUUCUUGAAUCUUGAUUAUUCAUUGCAUAAUUAAGCUUUCUUGUCAGAGGCCUUAGCCAUCAGCCAGGAGAAAACACCAAUUGUUUCAAUUCUUUUUGUGCAUAAGAUCAAGUUUAGAGAAAUCCUAGUAUAUUUGCUUUAUUCAAAUCAAUUAUCUUCUACCUUUAGAUUGCUUAUCUUUUCAGCAAACUAGAAUAAUAGAGUGAUAGAGGAAAAGCCGCCAGAAACGAAGCAUAUAUUUUUGGAAAAGGGAAGUAUCUGAAAAUCAUAAGGACAUUCACGUCACUGGACAACUAUUCUUUGCUGGCAGAUUUAUUAGAUGUCAAGUUGUCAACUUUGACUUU